AUGAGUACUACAGUGUCGCCGUUUGCACGCAGCAGCGUAUUUGAUGAACUUCGUGUCGGCGGCCGCGAGCAAACGAUAGAGGAAAUGUACAGCGUUCCGGAAAGCUUCCUGGAGAUCGAAGUCCGUAACCCGCAGACACACGGAUUCGGUCGGAAGAUGUACACAGAUUAUGAGAUUGUGUGUAAGACCAACAUCCCUGCCUUUAAGCUACGCCACUCCGUCGUGCGCCGGCGAUACUCUGAUUUCGAAGCGUUUCGCGAUAUCUUGGAACAUGAGUCAACGCGUGUCAAUAUACCGCCUCUGCCUGGCAAAGUCUUCACCAACCGCUUUUCUGAUGAAGUUAUCGAGGCACGGCGUGAAGGUCUUGAACGCUUUCUUACAGUUGUCGCCGGCCAUCCUCUCCUGCAGACCGGUAGCAAGGUCUUGUGUGCAUUCCUACAGGACCCUGCUUGGGACAAGAACCAGUGGCAGUGA